AUGUCGCGACUGAUCGUGAAGAACCUCCCGAAUGGGAUGAAGGAGGAGCGUUUCCGGCAGCUCUUCACUGCCUUCGGCACGCUGACGGACUGCAGCCUCAAGUUCACCAAAGACGGCAAGUUCCGCAAGUUUGGCUUCAUUGGCUUCAAGUCCGAGGAAGAGGCCCAGACAGCGCUGAACCAUUUCAACAAGAGUUUUAUCGACACGUCCCGGAUCACGGUGGAGUUCUGCAAGUCCUUUGGGGACCCGACAAAGCCCCGAGCCUGGAGCAAGCAUGCUCAGAAACCGAGCCAGUCCAAGCCACCUCCAAAAGACAAAGACGCCGUCUCCACGGAAGCUAAGAAAGAUGACAAGAAGAAGAAGGUUGUAGGUGAACUGGAGAAGCUGAAAGAAGAUAAUGAGUUCCAGGAGUUCCUGUCGGUUCACCAGAAGCGGACACAGGUGGCCACCUGGGCAAAUGAUGCCCUGGAUGCUGAGCCCUCGAAAGGGAAGAGCAAGGCAGACAAUGAUUACCUGAACUUUGACUCCGACUCAGGGCAGGAGAGCGAAGAGGAGGAAGAUGGGGAGAACUCGGAAGAGGAGGAGGAUGGCCUCGAACCCAAGGAACCCAAGGCAGCUGCGCGGAAGGAGCUGUCCGACAUGGAUUAUCUGAAGUCUAAGGUGGUGGCGGCUGAGUCACCAUCCUCGGAAGAGAGCGAAGAUGAAGCCGUGAACUGUGAAGAGGGGAGUGAGGCAGAGGAAGAGGGUUCCUUUGCUGCCCCUGCCCAGCAGGACAGGGAGGCAGCCCCAGCCAAGGUGUCUGCACCUGGGAGCUCAGUGCAAUCGUUUCUGCUCUCUGCCGUCCCUCAGACCGAGAAACCAGCCAGCCAGAAGGAACCCACCACCCCCCACACUGUGAAACUGCGGGGCGCCCCGUUCAACGUCACAGAGAAAAAUGUCAUGGAAUUCCUUGCACCUCUGAAACCCGUGGCCAUUCGAAUAGUGAGAAAUGCUCAUGGGAACAAAACAGGGUAUGUCUUUGUGGAUUUCAGCAGUGAAGAGGAAGUGAGGAAGGCCCUGAAAUGCAACAGGGAGUACAUGGGCGGACGCUACAUCGAGGUAUUCAGGGAAAGAAAUGUCCCCGCGGCCAGGGCACCCCUGAAGAAUGGCGCCAGACCCUGGCAAGGCCGGAUGCUUGGGGAGCACGAAGAGGAGGAGGACCUGGCCGACUCUGGGAGACUCUUUGUGCGAAACCUGCCCUACACCAGCUCCGAGGAGGACCUGGAGAAGCUCUUCUCCAAAUACGGUCCCCUGUCGGAGCUCCAUUACCCCAUCGACAGCCUGACCAAGAAGCCCAAGGGCUUUGCCUUCGUCACCUUCAUGUUCCCGGAGCACGCCGUGAAGGCCUACGCGGAGCUGGACGGGCGGGUGUUCCAGGGCAGGAUGCUCCACGUGUUACCAUCCACUGUCAAGAAGGAGGCCAGUGAGGAUGCCGAUGCCCCAGGAUCAUCGUCCUACAAGAAGAAGAAAGAGUCCAAAGACAAAGCCAAUAGCUCCAGCUCUCACAACUGGAACACACUGUUCAUGGGUCCCAAUGCAGUGGCCGAUGCCAUCGCCCAGAAGUACAGCGCCACCAAGAGUCAAGUGUUCGACCACGAGACCAAGGGCAGCGUGGCCGUGCGCGUGGCCCUGGGGGAGACCCAGCUCGUCCAGGAAGUGCGGCGUUUCCUCCUCGACAACGGGGUCUGUCUGGACUCCUUCAGCCAGGCUGCCGCCGAGCGAAGCAAGACUGUGAUCCUGGUGAAGAAUCUCCCUGCAGGCACCCUGGCGGCUGAGCUGCAGGAGAUCUUCAGCCGCUUCGGCAGCCUGGGCCGUGUGCUCCUGCCGGAGGGCGGCGUCACGGCCAUCGUGGAGUUCCUGGAGCCGCUGGAGGCCCGCAAGGCCUUCCGACACCUAGCCUACUCCAAGUUCCACCACGUCCCCCUUUAUCUGGAGUGGGCUCCGAUGGGCGUCUUUUCCAGUCCAGCCCCCCAGAAAGAAGAACUCCAAGACGCACCAGUGGAACCAGCGGGAACGGACAGGAUGGAGGCAGAAACAGAUGGUGAGACCCCAGAAGGUGAUCAGCCGACAGAUGGAGCAGCACACGACGCUUCAGCAAAGAUGGAAGAGGAGGAGGAAGAGGAGGAGGAGGAGGAGGAGAGCCUUCCUGGGUGCUCUCUGUUUAUCAAAAAUCUCAACUUCGACACCACCGAGGAGACGCUGAAGGGAGUGUUUUCCAAAGUGGGUGUGGUGAAGAGCUGCUCCAUUUCCAAGAAGAAGAACAAAGCAGGAGCGCUGUUGUCCAUGGGGUUUGGGUUCGUGGAAUAUAGGAAGCCAGAGCAGGCCCAGAAAGCUCUCAAGCAGCUCCAGGGUCACGUCGUGGACGGCCACAAGCUGGAAGUGAGGAUCUCGGAACGAGCCACCAAGCCGGCCCUGACAUCGACCCGGAAGAAACAAGUGCCCAGAAAGCAGACAACCUCCAAGAUCCUGGUGCGGAACAUCCCCUUCCAGGCUGACAGCCGUGAGAUCCGAGAACUCUUCAGCACCUUCGGGGAGCUGAAGACCGUCCGCUUGCCGAAGAAGAUGACCGGGACAGGCACGCACAGAGGCUUCGGCUUCGUUGACUUCCUCACCAAGCAGGAUGCGAAGAGAGCCUUCAAUGCCCUGUGUCACAGCACCCACCUGUACGGCCGGAGGCUGGUGCUGGAGUGGGCUGACUCGGAGGUGAGCCUGCAGGCCCUGCGGCGCAAGACAGCCGAGCACUUCCACGAGCCCCUGAAGAAAAAGCGGUCUGUGGUGUUGGACGAGAUCCUGGAGCAGCUGGAAGACAGUGAGGACGACGGCGAGGAGCAGACCCUUCAGCUGGAUGGUGGUCAACCCAGACUAAAAAUCACCCAGGCUUGUCCAGACGAGAGGGCAGAAAAUUAUGCAGUGAAAGAGAAGGGAAGAUAA